CUGCCGCGUUACAAUGGGCGCGGGCAGCUGCGGGGAGCGGCGACUCCUUGCAUUCACAUGCAAAGUGGCGAUACUUUAUAAACCCUCGCCAACGGCGUUCCCGGCUAUUUCACCGCACACCUGUUCUUGCGGAGCAAGCACACCCAGAAAAAGACCCCAUAACUAUAAGGGGAAUCAAAAAAGAGUGUGAAAUGAAAAAUACCAACAAGCCGGCGGGUCGGUUCUUGAUCCCAGUCGCCACACAAACCUGCGGCCACAGGAAGAUUUCAAAGCCGCUGAUGGAGAAAAAGAGAAGGGCUCGGAUCAACGAGUGCCUGGAACAGCUGAAGUCGUUGCUGGAAGACCACUACUCAAAUAACAUUAGGAAACGCAAACUGGAAAAGGCCGACAUCCUGGAAUUAACCGUGAAACAUCUGAGGGAUUUGCAGAGUUCUCGACAGGGGGCGGUGCGGAUGUCCAGAGACGGAGCGGCGCAGUACCAGGCGGGAUUCAGGAGCUGCCUGAACGCAGUCAGCCAGUACCUGCUGCGGAGCAAGGGCACCGAGGAGCACCUGCGGCUGGGCGUACUCAACCACCUGGUCACCGCUUUCCCCGUCUUCUCCGGCUCUGGCUCCGGCUUCGGCGCGGUGGACGGCGGCAGCCGAAACGAAGGCCGGCUUCUCGUCAAUCCGGCGGCGCAGCCCCAAGGCGAGCUGUGUGGGCCCGCGGCCAAAGCCACCGCCGCCUCCGCGCUUCGACACAGCAUCCAGCAGCAAGUAGCUGACAUCGCGGCGACUGAAAAUUCCAGCCCAGAGACCCCCGCACAAGAACAGGACGCAGCGCCCGUCGCUGCCCAAACUAAACCCCCCGCCAACCGUGUAGCCUCCUUUGACUUGGAACCGCCGUGGCGGCCUUGGUAGCUCUCUCACCCCCUGCGCUGUACAUAGCGUGUACUGAGCUAGUGAGGGAAUGAACUGCAGAUGCUGAAGAUAGACCCAGAAUGCUGGAGUAGCUCGGCGG